CGAAGCAGGCGCCGGAAGCGCCUCCAUAGCGGUCGGCGGAACGCUGCAGCGCUGGGGGAGCGCCGGCACCAUGGUGGAGGAAGUCCAAAAGCAUUCUGUACACACGCUUGUGUUCAGAUCUUUGAAGAGAACCCAUGAUAUGUUUGUAGCUGAUAAUGCCAAGCCUAUCCCGUUAGAUGAAGAAAGUCACAAAGUAAAGAUGGCAGUCAAGCUGCGUACGGAGUAUGGCUCAGUGUUACACAUGCCUACUCUUAAAGAAAACUUGAGGGAGAAAGGAGGCCCAAACACGGGGGAUCCUUAUGGACACAAACAGUAUUCUGGAAAUCAAGGACAAGAACUUGAGUAUUUGAUAACGGGUACCCAUCCAUACCCACCUGGGCCUGGUGUGGCUCUGACAGCAGAUACUAAGGUCCAGAGGAUGCCCAGUGAAUCUGCAGCACAGUCCUUAGCUGUAGCACUUCCUGCUUCUCAGUCCAGGUUGGAUGCAAAUCGGACAGCCGCUGGCGUGGGUGAUAUUUACAGGCAUGCUGGAAUAUCUGAGCGUUCGCAGCCUCCUGGGAUGUCAGCGGCUAUGGUGGAAGCUGGUGGAAACAAAAAUUCUGCAUUAAUGGCAAAGAAGGCUCCAACCAUGCCCAAACCUCAGUGGCAUCCACCUUGGAAACUGUACAGAGUUAUCAGUGGUCACCUGGGCUGGGUGAGAUGUAUCGCAGUAGAACCAGGAAAUCAGUGGUUUGUUACUGGCUCUGCUGACAGAACCAUAAAGAUUUGGGACCUUGCUAGUGGCAAAUUGAAAUUGUCUUUGACGGGACACAUCAGUACUGUACGAGGGGUAAUAGUAAGUGCAAGAAGUCCGUACCUCUUUUCUUGUGGAGAAGACAAACAAGUGAAAUGCUGGGAUCUGGAAUACAAUAAGGUUAUCAGGCAUUACCAUGGUCAUCUCAGUGCUGUCUAUGGUUUAGACUUGCAUCCAACAAUAGAUGUACUGGUAACAUGUAGCAGAGAUUCAACAGCACGAAUUUGGGAUGUAAGGACGAAAGCUAGUGUGCACACACUGUCGGGACACACAAAUGCGGUAGCGACGGUGAAGUGCCAAGCUGCAGAACCACAAAUUAUUACAGGCAGUCAUGAUACUACCAUACGGCUCUGGGAUUUAGUGGCAGGAAAAACUCGUGUUACUUUAACAAAUCACAAGAAAUCUGUAAGAGCAGUAGUGCUACAUCCAAGGCAUUACACAUUUGCAUCUGGUUCUCCAGAUAAUAUUAAGCAGUGGAAAUUCCCGGAUGGAAACUUCAUUCAGAACCUCUCUGGUCACAAUGCUAUUAUCAACACACUGGCUGUAAAUUCUGAUGGUGUUCUGGUCUCUGGAGCUGAUAAUGGCACUAUGCAUCUUUGGGACUGGAGAACUGGAUACAAUUUCCAGAGAGUACAUGCAGCUGUACAGCCAGGCUCUUUGGACAGUGAAUCGGGAAUAUUUGCUUGUGUUUUUGACCAGUCAGAAAGCAGAUUGCUAACUGCUGAAGCUGAUAAAACCAUAAAAGUAUACAAAGAAGAUGAUACUGCGACCGAAGAAACGCAUCCUGUCAGCUGGAAACCAGAAAUUAUCAAGAGAAAGCGGUUUUAGUGCAGCAACAUAUUUACGCUGUAAUUUUGUUUCGGCUUUCCUGAGAGCAUUCAGUCACAUUUUGUUCUGCUUAGAACAGCAGAGCAGGAAGUCAGCUAAGUCAUUGCUAUUUCAACAUGUUUUAUAAUAAAUUUUAUUUCUCUUUCCUUUUGUCUUUUUUUGGUGUGAUCCCAGCAAACCAGUUGCAGCUGUUAACUUUCUCUUUGUGGAGCAUGUAUAGUUCAUGAAAAGGAUAGAUGUGCAGGUGGUGACUCUUUUAUAGGAAUCUAUUGAGUGUGAGUCUAAAAAUAUUUUGAUGAGCCAGGUUUUCUGAAAGACCGCUGCUUGACUCCAAAAGUUAAUUGCAAAUUUAUGCAUAGAAGCCAUCUACUCGAAAUUUCUUGAGUGACAUUUUUAGAUUUUAGACCAAUAUUGUUUACCGUACAUAUUCUAAGUAUAUACUGUAAUGGAACAGUAUAUAUACUAAAUUACAGAGUCAUAGGUUAAUCAGGAAAGAAACAGGACAAUACAAAAAUAAUGUAGUUUGCUUUAUAAGCACAGCCACUGAGCAUUGCCAGUGCUGUGUUGUUGAAUGAAAUGUUUCCUCAGAGUGUUUCUUUCCUUGGGAAAGCUUUCAUAUGCGACUACUCGUCUUCACUCAGUUCAUUUCAGAGCAGACCUUCUACAGCAAGGACCUCUGUCAAAUCGUAUUGGUCACACUCACCACAGGGUAGGACCGGUUGACUUGCUUUGUAAAUCAUCUAGGGUCUCUUUCCAUUUAUCCAAAGCAUGUAUGACAUUAGAGAACAGCAAACUUUUAAAACUAAGCUCUAAGAGGAAAAGCUCUUAAGUCAUUCCAGCCUUAAUUUCACAUGUUGCUGUCUCCCCAUGAUCUUCUGAAGGAAUUUCAAAUAAAAGAAAUUACUGAAAGAUGAAUUUGUUGUGUGGCACAGCACUGAUAGUAAGCAGUUCACAACGAUUACUUCUAUUCUCUGCCAGUCUGACUUCUUUCAAAUCUGGGAUUUAUGUUAGAGAAAUGACAGUUACUUGCAACAAAACUUACAAAAAGAUAGUAAAACUAAGUGUUGCUUAUGUUAUGAGAAUUUUUGUCUUGUCUUUUGUGAUGCACAGGAGGACUUGUAUUUAUAAUUUGAAUGUUUGACAGUGUCGUUUUAAGGGAGUUCAUGCUGCAUAAAUAACUGAAUUUUGGUUGACGGCUGUUGUCUGAAGCAUCUUCACAAAAAAGAAAGGGGAGUAUUUGGUAUUUACAAGUUGUAUUAAACGUCUUUUAUUUGGAUGAUAAUUUGAAUUUUUCCAGAUCUUUAUUACAGCUGUUUUCAUUUUAACUAACAUAACAGGGAAAAAUACAGGUUGUAGCUUAUGCAUAUUUCAUACUGCUGCCAAUGCUUCAGUCCCAAAAUCAAUGAAGUAUUGCUGUUACACGGAAUUUUCUUGCUCACAGUGAAAUCCUCUGUAGGAAACGAGAGUGGAGAGGAAUAACUUACUUGACAAGGGGUGGGAUUGUUGUGGGUUUUUUGGUUUGGUUUGUUUUGGUCGUUUCAGUUUUUGUUUUUUAGAAGUAUCUGUUUAUUUUAAUCAUUUAAAAUUAGGAAGGGAAAAUCAGAGGCUUUGGCUCACAGUUCUAGCACAUCUUCACUGUACUAGCACUUUCCUUUAAACAGUGGAAUAAAUGCUUUUUUUUUUUUUAUCGCUUUGAAGAGAGAUCAGAAAGUCUGCAGAACCUGUGUUUCUUCCCUGAACUUCUGCAGGAAUCUGCUGGCAUGGGGCAGUGGUUGCCAGGGCAUUCUUCUUGUGCUCUGGGUAAAGAAUUGGUUUGCAAAUUAAAGGCUACACACUAUUAUUUGGGAUAAUACUUCUCCCUUUUGCUUCUGUAAUAUGCUGUCACAGUUCUAAGUGUCAUUUAAAAAAAAAAAAAAAGUAUUCUUUAACAUUUGAUUUGCAUGUUCAUUUCCUUCCCAGCAGUUUUGUUCUUCCACUUGACAGUAAUGUGAAUAUCAUCAUGUAUACUUCUGUAAGUAUUUAUGACAUAUCAAGUUUAUCAGUUUUCAUUUAAGUUCCUUCUCUAGUGCAGAGUAAGCCUAGAUAGUGAGUUGUGAUACAGGUGUAUCUGAUCAUGUAGGAUACACAGUGACAUUAGAUUUGUCCGUGUAAGUUGUAAGGUGAAGCAAAAGAGGAGGAUCUGGUCCAUUGGGUGUAUUUUUCAUGCUUCUGGAAGGUGUCACACUGCAAUGUCAGUUAAAGUAAUCUUGAAUGUGAGUCUAAUCUCAGAAAAUAAUUGUCGUUUAUUUCAUAAAAUUUGAUGUUGUCUUCUGGAUAUGAUCAAAUCAUACAUGUUUCUACCACAAACCUUGGGUUUUGUUUUAUACUGUACAUAAUUGCACAGAAGUAAGAAAAUGUUUUUUGUUUGUAACAUAAUUCCAAAAAGUGUAACUGGUAAAAGUGAUAAAUCUUAAGAUCACACUUUGCUGUGUACUAGAGCAUAUGGUAUAAGCUAUGCAGCUAGGAUGCUGUUAUUUGCUGGCAGCAUGAAAGUUGUGCAGAACAGUGUGUCUUUGGCAACUUAAAGGCUUACAGGAGUAAAUCUUUAAUAGCCAGUUUCUUUUUAGUCCUGUUAGAUAAGAAUUGAAGUGCUAUGCCUGAUUUAAAUGACAGCAAUUUAGCCAUCAAUAAAACCUUCAAUACAA